AUGAAAUAUAUUUUGUUAUUGCUGACUAUUGGACUGAUUCAAGUAAAUGCUGUAAAUUGGGCAUUAUUGGUCUCAGGUUCAAAUGCAUUCUACAACUAUCGACAUCAAGCUGAUGUUUGCCAUUCAUACAAGACAUUAAUUAGAAAUGGUUAUAAUCCUGAGAAUGUGAUUGUUUUUGCAUAUGAUGAUAUAGCUUAGAACAGAUAAAACAUCUACAAAGGAGCUAUCUAUAAUUAACCUAACGAAGAUGGAUUUUCAGAAAAUGUUUAUGAUGGUUGUGUUAUUGAUUACUCUAAGACUGAUGUCAAUCCAGCAAACUUUCUCAAUGUUUUGAAAGGAAAUUAUGAUCAUUUGCCAGAUGGUCAUAAGUUCAUCAACUCCACAAGAGAAGACAACAUUUUUGUUUAUUUCUCAGAUCACGGAUCUCCAGGUUUAAUAGCCUUCCCAACAUCUUACCUCUAUGAAUAAGAAUUAUUAGAAACCUUUUAAUACAUGUAUGAGAAUGAUAGAUACAACAAGCUUGUAUUCUAUUUGGAAACAUGCGAAUCUGGAUCCAUGUUUGUCAAUCUACCAACAAAUCAUAGAAUUUAUGCUUUGUCAGCUGCCAAUCCAUAUGAAUCAUCUUGGGGUACUUAUUGUCCACCCGAUGAUAUUGUCAAUGGAAAGAGUCUAGGAACUUGUUUGGGAGAUGAAUUUUCAGUCACUUUCUUAGAAAAUGUGGAUAUUGGUGAUUUUUCAUAGUCUCUCCAAGAACAUUUUGAAUUUAUCAGAGAUAAUACAUUGAAAUCAAAUGUCAUGUAAUGGGGUGAUGUCUCAUUUACCAGUGAUACAAUUAAAGAUUUCUUUUGGGGACGUAGAUUCUAAGAGAAAAGAAAGAUGUGCUCUAAAGAUGCCUUUUUCAUGAAUGACGAGAAUGUUUCAAGAUGGGAUUCAAGAGACAAUAAAUUGUUAUUCUAUUAAAAUAGAUACAAUCAGACAGGUGAUUUGGAAGACUUCAUUGAAUUAGAAAAUGAAAUCAAAUCAAGAGCAUACUUUGACACAAUCUUUGGUGAAUUACAAAAAUCAUUGAAAUUGAAAGGAGAUUAUCACUUUGCCUUAAACUAGAAGUGUCUUAAGUCUGCUAUUGAAAUAUUUGAAGACAAAUGCACAAAGUUAACUGAUUAUGGUCUUAAAUAUGUUAAAUUGUUUGGAGAGAUGUGUGAUAGCACAAACUUACUUCAAGUCCAAUUAAAUAUGAUAGUAUCAACUUUAUGUAUGACAGAAUGAUUUAUCUAUAUAAAUAACAAAAAUAUUUCC